AUGGUUGUGGGGUUGCUCGGUCUUGUUGGCGGUAUUGAGGCGUAUGUUUUUGAACCGCCAUCGUCUCUAUACCUUAUUUUCAAUCCUAUUGAGUUUUUGAAUAUUUGUGUAAAGAAGUUUGAAAAAUUUGGUGACAUCGGUGCAUAUGGUGUGGAUUUAUUACGCGCGAGAGCCUUGUUUGAAGAUGGUUUAAGAGAUAUCCUCAGGUGUGGUGUAAAACCUAUUCCUAUUUUCGGUGGAUUAUCAAAUGAAAGCGGCUUAGGUGUUAAAUCUGUUGCAAAUCGUUAUCUUAAAUCUAGAAAGAAUUACAAGGAAGCUGAUCUCGAUGUUGCAGCUGCUAGGUACCGAAUUGCCUAUUGUCUUGACUGUCCAAUUGCAAGCAUGUCAUCGCAGUACUACGUCAUAUCACGUCCUACCAUUCUACCUGAAGAGAUCCAAACACUUACUAUAAAUGAGAUGAAACUUGUCGAUCUUACUACAGAUUUCUACCGUAUGGAUAAAGAGGAAGGUAAAGCCGUCCUUAAACUGAAGGUGUAUCAUCCUGAAUUGUCCGCACUGUGUGGCGUGCCUGCAACGUCACGACCUCUGAUUGCACUACUUAUGAACUCGGACUUGCUUCCCCGACUCCCAGCCGCGAUCAAAGUCGAGCCGUCAGGAUCAGAUUCGUAUACUUCAGCGAAACUAAGAGCGGUGAUUGACUGGGUAGCGAAAACCAAUCCCAUUCACGUCCUUCAGGCGAUAAUGGAGUCGAUCACGGAUCCCAAGUACAUAGAUUAUAUUUCAAGCAGCAUAUUGCUGUACCUAAGAACAUUUUGUCCCGACUUUGUGGAGGCCUCUAAAGUCCUCAGGGUACUUGGUUUGGGGCAAUGGAUUCCGCCAAUCAAAGCACCAAUAAGAAGGGUUGAGGAAGAGAAGGAGCACCCACACCAAAGACCUUCUUCACCCAUGCUCUUCUUUCAAACGGCAGCUGGACUGUUGAAAGGUACUGUGCCAGCGGAUCGUCCAGUUGACUUUCUCUAUCGUUGGCCUGCUGCGCUAGUUCAUUUAUAUCGCUCUAAUACGCUGCAGAGGUUAUUUAUUGCGCCACUUUACAGUAAAUUUGGGGUGGUUUUCAUCUGCAAUAACGAUUACCUUAUUGAAUUGCCCUAUGUUUAUGGGCCGAGCAGAAUCCUACGCUACGUGCACUACUGCCUGCUAAUGGGAGUGGAAGAAGCAAAUGGCCUUAGCUCCAAACUGGUGGGACUGCGUCCCCAUGCAAAGGAGAUAUGUUAUGAGGGGAAUUUUCGUUUCAAGACGUACAUGGUGGAGGUAAAGCCCAUGCAAUUACCACGCAACUGCACGGUGGAUGACUUUAUUCACACCAUUAUUGGACUUGAUCGCACGAUAGACGUGCCUGAUUGGAGCGUUGCCUUGGUGCUUUCGUGUGUUCUGUGGCACCAGGAAAAGGUGGAGCAUCGGGACUGUGAUAUUGCUGAGUGCCCGUUGAUUUUGUCAGUGUUAGUUUUGGCAGUGGCCACGCGUUACAAUGUAAAGUGUGGUGUGCCAGUUGUGGCAGAGCACUAUGAUACCCUAAAGUCGUUAGUUGUAACAAAAAUGAAGGAGAGUGGUGCAUUUCCAAAUGCAGCGGUGGAGAAAAAGUUAAUGCACAGUGCGUUGGAGUUGAUGACGAUGUAUGACCACUAUGUGUCCCUCUGUCGACUUCUCACUGCACUGCAAGAGGGCAGUGGAACACCCGAUUUCUCAUCUGCCGCUUACAACCGUUUCCCUCCGAACUAUGCAAUAUUUCCUUCGCUUGCCCUACUCGUCUACAUGGCUGCUCAUUUGAAGUGUGAGAAGACGCCGUCUGCUGUGGCCGUACGACUGUGGCUGGUGAAUGCAUUCCUUCACGCCAAUAAUGAUGCUAGCGAUGUGGCUAGAUUGAAGGACGCUUUGACCGAGUUUUCAACUCUCCAGAAAUUAGUGCCGAAGAUUAAGCUGAGUUUUACCGCCCCCAAGGUGGAUGUGACUGAUCCACCGCCUUACUUUUUACCCAAGGAGGAGAGGCCGCCACUAAAAAACUCUAUCCAUCCACGAGACAAUGAGGUCCCGUUGAAGAAGCCCCGCUGGUCUCCUGUGCUUGAUUACCUUUGCGAAGGGAAAAUCGCAACGCUUUCGCCACCAACCCGCCGCACUACUGAUCGCGGGGUUGCGGGGACAGAACCACCGUCGUUAUUGUACACGCGUCAGACUGCGACCUUGCACUUGGACUCGGGACGCCACGUGCAGUGA